UUAGCCCAUAGUUUAGUGUUUAGGAUAUCUCUUUUGUUUUUUACUCCAUAGUGGUGAUUUUUUGUUACUUCAUAGAUUUAUUAAUUUAUCCUUUUCAGAGUGAUUUUUUGUUUCUUGUAACUCCAUUUGGAGUGGCCCUUAGUUGUUAGAUAUAGUUGUUUAUUUCUUUUUGUAAUUUUCUUAGCCAUUUGAUUUCUUCUCUUUGGAGAUUGUUAAAUUUCAUAGCAGUGCGUCUUCGGAUUGAGGAGACGUGCCUCAGGUAAUUUAAUAGCCGUUUGUUUUGUCACUCUGUUAAGAGGAAUUUUCCUCCCGCCUUUUUUAGGAUAAAGUCAUCAGAAAUAACCACCUACUCUGCGCCUGAGUCCUGCCUAAGACCGAACCUGACAGAAGACAUGAAAGAACAGAUGCAGCAGCACAGCUAAAUCCUGUUGUAAUUCUGUGAUACUAUUUUAAGUUUAGUUUCUCCUAUACUGGUGGAAUAGGUGUGUUUGAUUUACUUUGCAGAGAACCUCCUGUGUACCUUCACUCCAUGUUAUCCAAGCAAGCUAUGGAUGGAAGAAAAAGCUUUCUGCAAUGCAUUUCCUUUUCAUAUUGUCUUUGAUGAAGAUCUGAGAAUAAGGCAGACGGGGGUGAAAAUACAGAAGUUUGUUCCAGGUCUCCAAACCAGAGGCACUACGCUAGAUCAACACUUCACCAUUGUACACCCACAGGUGACGUUUACUAUUGAAAGCAUCAGGAAGUUCAUCAACAGUCAGUUUGUCUUGAAGAGUUCCAAAGACAAACACACCAUGCUCAAACUAAGAGGUCAGAUGUUGUGGAUGGAGACCCUUGGCUGUAUGUUGUAUCUGUGUUCUCCGAAACUAAGAAGCCUUCAAGAACUUCAAGAUGUUGGUCUCCAUCUGGCUGACCUGGCUCAGCAUGACGUCACCAGAGACCUGAUUCUCCUCAACCAACAACGUUUAGCUGAGAUGGAGCUCACCAACCAACUGGAAAGGAAAAAGGAGGAACUGAGAAUCCUGUCGCAGCACCUAGAGGCUGAAAAAAAAAAGACAGAGACUCUGCUGUAUGCCAUGCUGCCACGACACAUCGCCAAUCAGCUUAAGGAUGGGAAGAGCGUAAAGGCAGGGGAGUUUGAGACAUCCACUGUUUUGUUCAGUGAUGUGGUAACUUUUACAAACAUCUGUGCUGCCUGUGAGCCCAUCCAUAUCGUUCACAUGCUCAACUCCAUGUACUCCAAGUUUGACCAACUCACCAAUGUACAUGACAUCUACAAGGUUGAGACUAUUGGUGAUGCAUACAUGGUGGUGGGUGGCGUUCCAGUCCCGACAGGAACCCAUGCUUUCAGAGUGGCAAACUUUGCACUGGCUAUGAGGAUUGCAGCCAGAGAGGUCACAAACCCUGUGUCAGGCAAACCAAUACAGAUCCGUGUGGGUCUCCAUACUGGUCCAGUGUUAGCUGGGGUGGUGGGGGAGAAGAUGCCUCGCUACUGCCUGUUUGGAGAUACGGUUAACACAGCCUCCAGAAUGGAAAGUCAUGGGGUCCCUGAUCACAUUCAUCUCAGCACUUCUACAUACAGUGAGUUAAAGGAUGCAGGGUUCAACAUACAAAAGCGUGGGAAGAUUAAAGUGAAGGGUAAAGGCCAGAUGACCACUUACUUCCUGUUGGGGAACCAGAUGGUAUCAGAAGAUAGCAUCAUGGGAAGGGAUGCUGGAGGGGGCUGUCUUUACAGGGAUGACUUUCAUGACAAGAGCAAAAAAGAGCCUGACAAAGAGCCUUUUGUGAGAGCUGAGACUGAGAGGAGAAAUGCAGCCUCAGAUGGAGUCAUUGCUCUGGAUCCCAGUCGCUUGGACACAAUCACUCCUUUUGCCUGGGAUGUCACGCUGCCAUAUGAGACAAACCAGAACAGCUACAACACACCUGCAAACAAUUUUGACAGCAGACUCUGUGUGUUACUCUAAAUGGAAAGGUCUUAUGUUUAAAUGUUUGGGGUUAUGCAAACUUAGAGGUUUGUGAGGUCAAAAGAUAAAAAUAUAUGCUGAAAGGACAAGAUACUGAUGAUAUACUAUAUCAGUAUACUAUAUACUAUACAGUGCCACUUAAAAGUUUGUGACCUCUUUAGAAUUUCUGCAUAAAAAAAGCCCUCAAACAAACAAAGACUCAAAACAUCAGCAGAUUUCAUCAGAUGAAACCCACCAACAUCUCAGAAAUGAAACAGUUCUGUAAAAUUCUACCAAGCCAUUGUAGGCAACUGCUGAUCAGUUGCCCACACCAGAAAUGUUUAGUUGCUGUUAUUGCUGCACAAGGGGGCACGCCAGAUACAGAAGCAAAAGUUCACAUAAGCAACUCAGAUAUAUACUAAUGUUUUAUUUUCUUUAAAUAAAUAAAUGCACAAUAAUAUUUUUGUGUCAUUUGUUUGAUUGGAUUCUCUUUGUCCAAUUUCAGGACUUGUGUAAAAAUCUCCUGAUGUUUUGAAUCAUUUUUAUGCAGAAAAUUCUAAAGGAGGUGACAAACUUCUAAAUGGCAUUGCAGUUACAUUAGUUAGGUUAACAGGAAUAGGGGUAACUAGACUCCAAACCACAAUGACACUGUGUCAGUCAAGUUACAAUUUCAGUUUAUUGAGCAUCUCACUGACCACCACACUUCAUUUCAGUGUAGUAUAAAAAUAUAAAAUGCACUCAAACCAAUAGCUCAUCACUGAUACUGUACUGGGACACAGUGGCUUGAGAAACAAGUAAAUACCAUGCAGUGAUAUGUGCAGAAAUGGCAAAUGUUUCCCAGCAUGUUGUCAGUGCAUUACAUUCACUUACAUUCCCACCCAACUAUCAGCUGCUAGUGUCCUGAAGUCUAUCGCAUAAUCCAUAACACUACGCCGUCCCUGCCGCACAGCAACUACGGCUCUAGUGGCCUCUUGACCACGAGCAACAGCCUGAAAAAUCUGGUUUAGAGUUUCUACAAAAAAGGACAGAAUUACAGAUAGCUGAAUGGUGCUUCCACUCAGCCACGGCCCAGGCAUUAGCUCGACCAGACAUGAACGAAAUCAUAUAGGCAAUCUUGCUACGGUCAGAGAAAGUUGCGUGAAACUCAAAAUGAAGCUCACAUUGAGUGAUAAAUUGCCUAUAACCACCAGACUCUCCAAAAAACCUCUCAGGGCUAGACAACCGCAGGCAAGCAGAGUCAGAAAGACUGGCAGGGGCGACAGUGCCCUCGCUGGGAGGUUGAGUGGAGCCCCCUUGUGGCUGCUUGAUCCUCAAACUACUGAGUUGGGAAGCAAGCAUGGAAAGCACUGCCUUUUGUCAUUUGCUGGAGGCAACGAAUCCCUGCCUCAGAGAUGCCAUCUGUUCCUCCUGCCAGCAAAGUUGCUGCCCUUGAGCCUUAAAAGCCUCACAGACAGACUCUGGAAUUGCAGGGUCCAUGGCGAUGGUCAGAUCGUACUGUCAGGUUUGGACAGACUGGCUUGGACCCACAGAGCAGAUCAGAGGCAAAUAGGCGUGGAGAGAGGUUUGUUUCAGCCCAAGUUCAAUACACAAAAAGGCAGUCAGCACAGGCAAAGGUACCAAAAAACCAGCAGGAGUCAAAAACACAAGGAAGAGAUACUACACUGAAAGUUUAACAUGAGGUCAAAUUGUCAGAAAGCUACUCAUGAGGAUGCAGACAAUCUGACAGCAAACAAUGGGAAGGGCAGGUCUAUAAAUACACAUGAGGGAAGGGCUAAUGAGACACAGGUGAAAACAAUAGACAAUCAAAGAAAGUAAAGACACCAACGACGAACACAAACAGGAAGUGAGGGAAUCCUAAAAAAUAAAACAGGAAAUCAAAUCAGAGACCUGACAGAUCCUAAUCUUCCACUUUGUCUGGCAGAUGUUUUCAUUGCUGGCCAGUUUUGAUUUAGAUCAUGACCACUCUCACUGACCCAGUUUGUGUUAUUAUCAAUCCGAGUGUGUUUAGGAGUUAACCACUGGGCUAAAUAAUCAUGGGUCUUGGUUUUUUAGAUAUUUGUGUGUUUUACUGUCAAAUUAUUUAACAUGAAUAUCAAUUAUGAACUCAUACAACUACUUUAUAUACAUAUAUAUAUAUAGAUAUAUAUAUAUACACAUAUAUACCGGUACUCACGUGUAGGCACCUGACAAAGACACUCACACUUUGCAAUGCAUUCUGCUCAUACUAUCCUAAUCUGAGUCAGUGGCUCUUCUGGCAGCAGCACGGCAUCUCUCCCUCUCCUCUCACACUGUGCACAUGUAGGGAAAUGUGAGGGUACGUUAUGAUGGUUAUUGGGCUUCUCUGUCUCUCUGAAUCUUUUUCAUGAAAGCACAAGGGGAACAGAGAAGUUGACAACAGGAGGACAACAAAUCACAGAUCACAUCAAGUUUUAUUGUCAGAGUCAUGGACGGUACAAUUGUGGUGACUUCUUAGCUGAUUAGAUUCAAAACAAGUCUAACAAAUGGAAUAAAUAAAAAAUAAUCUAACAAUAUAUUUAAUUAGUAAUGAUUUUAUAAAAUAAAAUAAUAAAAUAAAUAAAAAUUGAAUUGAAUUGAAUUUUCAACUUUGAGUAAACAUUUAAAAAUCAAACACUGAAACAAUGUGGCAAAGUAUAAAUCCAAAUGGUUGGCUGUAUCUAUCGAUUUUAUAUAAUCUGCAUAAUAUACAGUAUAAAUUGUAACUAAUUAUUAAAAAAAGGAAAAAGUUCUCUAGUCAGCCUCCAUUGUCUUAAACUAAUGUAUUCCAGUACCAGUACGAGGAAACAGACUUCACCUAUCUGAUGCACCACAGUCUCCUAUCCCUAGAAGCCUAGAUAUACCAAGGUGCCAUGAGAUUAAGGUAAUAAAUAAUAGCAUAUUCUCAAGAAAUUAAUACACCCCAUAAUCUUUACUGCUGAACAGUCUGAGCCCAAUAACCUGUUUUGUUGCCAGUACAUUAAGUAUAUGAACACACUAGAAAUAUGUGGGUCUUCAUAGCAAUUGUGUGAGAUAUCAUCAACUUGUUAGUUAUCAUUAGAUUUAUUUUAUUUAAACAUCACCAACCAAUGCAGUGUGGAUGCUGGUAUUCAUGUUUGCAUGUUAACAGUAAGCGAGGAACUUUUUAGGUUUUGUUUUAGGUUUAACAGUGAUCAUAAUUGUACCUUUUCUGUGUUUCAAACACACUUCAAGCUCACCAGCCCUGUUGACAAAGAGCAGGCAAAGGGCUGAUAGAGCACACUGCUUCGUUAGUGUGCAAUUUUAGAAAUGACUGGAAAUGACACAUAAGUACACGAGUAAUAUAAGUGAGGUAAGUGCAUUCUCUGUCUCUCUCCCUCACUCGCACACACACACACCAAGACUUCACUGUAGUGGGUUGUGUAAGAAGAUAAUGGCAAAGCCAAAAUCAACCCACUUCAUCCGUAAUGACACAUGCAGUGUGUGUGUGUGUGUGUCAGAGGUGAGGUGAGCAUAGUAUAGCAGUUCUCUUAUGUAAGAUUUUCAUCUCAAACACACACAAACACAAUGUAAACUUAUUUUUUUAAGUUUGAUUUCACUAAUGAAGCACAAUUGAUGAAAAAUGAAUGGCAGAGAUAAAUGUGUGCACUUUGUAGGGUUUCAGUAUCCACAUAGGUAUGUAAUUAUGCAUUUUUUCCUAUUACUCCUUUCUGCUUUGGACUGCUAACAUAACACAAUUUAGUGAACACACUAUAUAUAUAUCAAAAUCAAAAUCAAGGUGAGAUAAGAUAAGAUAAGACAAUUCUUUAUU